UGAAAAUUCUUCAGAGAAGGAUUUUCUUUUGGCUUUCCUUUGUAAUGUUUAUUUAGAAACCAAGCCUAGAUUUAGACUGGUCUUUUUCAUUUUUGGUGGGUAUUCUUUUUGCUGUUUCUGUUUAGUAUUUGCAUGCGGUAAGUGGGCUUCUGCUCUUUCUCUCUGUCUCUUUUUCUCUCUCUCCGUUUUCUUGAGCAUGAUUUCUUGAAUACUUAAAAUACUCUUUUUCUCGUACUUCUUUUUCUUUGUGAUAUUUCUUCUUUCCUUCACUUAAAUCGUAAGUACUGACCUCCCCAAGCAUAUUUCUCUCUAGUUUUGUUGGAUCUACAAUGCCCUUUAUUAUGUCUGUUUUCCUAGAUUAUACCUUAUUCUUCUGCUUAAUUUUCCAACAACAAUUUUUGGCCCUCGCUUGCUUUGUUAUUCUGAGCGAGAGAAAUUUCUUUUCUUUUUCUUGUUUCUUUUUCUUUUAUGGGGAAAUUAGGUCUUGCAUUGUUAACAUCUAAUUGUACCCCUAAACUGCAGUCUAAUGUAUAUUUUUAUGGCUCUUGUUCUGGCAUCAUCAUUUUCUUACUCCAUCUGUAAGAGAUCAUUGAUAAAUCUUACCAUUUAGCUGCGAAAUGCUGUUAUCUGUAAUGGAAUUGAUGGAAGAUGGAAGUGAUUUUCGGCGGUGGGAUGAUUUGAUUCCUGAUGCCUUGGGGUUAAUCUUUAGGCAUUUAAGUCUGGAAGAGGUCUUGACAGUUGUUCCCAGGGUUUGUAAGUCAUGGAACAAAGCUGUGAAAGGACCUUAUUGCUGGCAAGAGAUAGACAUUGAGAGUUGGAGUAAUUGCUGUGCUCCCGAGCACCUUGAUAGGAUGCUUCAAAUGCUUAUCACGAGAAGUUCUGGCUCCCUGCGCAAGCUCUCUGUUUCUGGCCUGCAAAAUGACUCAAUUUUCUCUUUCAUCACCCAACAUGCUGGUUCCCUACAGGCACUGAGUUUACCAAGAAGUGAAAUCAGUGAUUCGAUUGUGGAACAAACUGCAGGGAGGCUUUCUACUGUCACAUACUUGGAUUUGAGCUACUGUUGUAAAAUUGGCCCGUGUGCAUUGGAGACUAUUGGAAAGCAUUGUAAAUUGCUUGUUGAGCUCUGUCGGAACAUGCAUCCGUUAGACACAGCUGGAAAGUCAACACAAGAUGAUGAGGCUCAUGCUAUUGCCAACUCAAUGCCCAAGCUGAAGCGCCUUGAGGUAGCCUACCAGCGUAUCAGCACUGAAGGUGUCCUGAAGAUCCUCUCAAGUUGUCCAGAGCUCGAAUUUCUCGAAUUGAGAGGCUGCUGGGAUGUGAAACUUGAUGACAAGUUUCUGAAUGAAAAGUUCCCAAAACUGAAGGUGUUGGGUCCCCUUGUCAAGGGCUAUUAUGAAAUGAUAGAUUGGGAUGAUUGCUCAGAAUAUUACUCGGACAGUUCUGAUUACCCAGCAUGGGCAUUUCUAGCUGAGGAAAUGGGAGAAGAAGGAGAUUUUGAGAACGAAGAGUUCUGGGAUGAUGAAGGGAGGAUUGGUGAUCUUGAGUUUAGGUUUUUUGAAGGACUUGAAGAUGCAGGGUUUUUCGGUUGGCCUCCAUCUCCAUAAGUAGGUUCUGUUUCUCCUAAUUCUAGCAAACUUGUGUUUCUACUCUAAAAACUUGUGGUGGAUAUAUAAUCCUAUAGAUAUGAUGAGCGUGGAUAUGAAUGAACUCACCUGCUUUUGUGUCUC